AAAUGACUAAUAGUCUUUAUGUGCGUUAAAACAGAACAAUGUUUAUGCUAGUCGGUAAUUUUCUAUGUGACAGGAGCAGUAAACCGGACUGCAAAGAUCCUCUGCAAGACAGGAGUGUUCUGGUGUUUUUGAGGAAUCGGCUGCAACCAAUCGCAAUCGCUUCCAAGGCACUAAUUAACUGGCACCCCGCGGCCCCUGAAUGACAUCAGACGGGCCUGCAGGCCGCCGGUUGAUUAUCCCCAUCUUGGCGGUGACUAUAGACUAACCCAGCAUCUCGCCGCCCUGCUGGACACAGUGAUAACUACAAUGAUGAGCAGUCCCACCUGCAGCUGUAAACAAAAACAAAGCCCGGGUUCCCGACAGAGACUGACUCAGCACCCCGGUGAAAAGGACUAUUGUGUCAAACCUCCGGGUGUCGUGUCGCCUAAUGGCCUCUCUCUCAGGGAGGGAGGGCGGCUGCGGUAAAGGUCAGCGCUCUCGCUUGUUAGCGGCGCCCGAGAGUGGAGCUGCAAAACAGCUCCAUCACGAAGACGCCAGCCUCACUGCAGGCUCAGCGCUUUCUCCUCCACGGUGGCGAGAUCAACACGUGUCGCCCUAAGACCCUCUCUGGCUUUUCACACUUUUAAUGUCUUCCACUUGACAAAUGACCUGUGUUUAUAACCUCACCUAGCAGGAGCCAGAGGGCCCGGUGAGGCUGCGCCAUCUUGACACAAAAUCAGGAGGGAGAGGAUUAUCUGUUGCGAUACACUGUGUGGACAAAUGUAUUGGGACGCCUACAGGAAGUAUCUAACUGCCAAAAAACUGAACAGAUGUUCCUGUCUGAGGCCGCGCCCCCCCCGUCUGGGAAGGAUUACAGGCCGGCGAACGCUACCAAGCAGCAUGAAUGUGCUGAUGAUGCCGAGUUAGUCCGCCGCCUCACUUCUCUAAUCCUCUCGGGGAUGAGGGAGCAUCCGAUCCCGGGCCGCUGAAUUCCGGAAGACCCCCGCCGCCACUUUAUCACGGAUCAUCGAGGGUGGAUUGGACUCGGGAUGGCCGCGUUCAAGUGCACACAUUUACCGUCACGCUUUGGCUCGCCUCAGAAUGUAUAAACCACCCCGGCGGAGAGGAUCUCAUGAAAAAGGUCAUUAGACCUGCGGAUGCUGCAGAAGGACUGCGAGAUGUUAAUGCGGCCUCCUGAACGCUCAUCUCAUCUCACAUGUGGCGCCCGCUGACAUGUCAGCGCCGCAGACUCCCCCACACUCCUGUGUCCAAAGUGAAAACUGAAUUAGCCGGCCAUCAUUCAUCACCCGCAGAGGCAAGAUCCAGCUCCGGAUCCUUCAAUACCUCGAACAAACUCAAUCUCGCAGCUACCGCGGAUCCGAUUAUAACGUCUCGGCUCCUGGCGUUGGCGCUGAGGUCACCUUGCUUGCACCUUGCUGUGUCUUCAUCGGCGAGAGAUGGGGAAAAAGGAGGUCUUUGAUUGUGGGAACGCCGGCGCUACAGGAUGCUACCUGGGGAUGCUGUUGUCAUGGUUACAAUAGUUAAACCGCAGUGAAGUUGACGUUAAAAGUAACCACGUCGAUAACAGGUCACAGGGAAGAAUUAUGGUCGUGAUUCUUUACCGAUCCAUCCAUCCACACAUCAUGGGCCCAGACACCCUCCUGGCGGAUCCCCAGGCGUCACCAGGAAAUGUUGACCGAAUUUGGCAUCGCUGACAGAGAGGGCAAACAAACGGUGUCAUCCAUAGAGGACAAACACAGGGACACGAGACGACGACGACGGGGUGGACGAGCUGCAGACGGGAAGCGCAAGACACGCACCGCCGCAUGAGGCUGGAUUGUGAGCGCUUGACGGAUGGCGCUGAAGCCAACGAGAACACGUGGUCCGACGUGGCUUGCUAUUAGAGAGGACAACGUGGAGGUAUUCUUUUCCGUCCACCUGUCUGCUGGUGUGCGUCACGACAGCAAGGCAAGAGAAGCCGAGCCAGGCGGCGUUACCUUCCGCUUCAUCAAACAUCUCGCCUCACCUCUACGCCGGGCCGGCGGGGGCCUCGCCCAGCACCUUGCUGGCGGCAAGGUCCACGGUCACGUGGGGGGCUUGAUGGCUGCGGUAGAGACGCUACAUAGUUCAUUUGGGUCGUGAUGCAUAGUUGGCACAGAACUGGGGAAGCGCUAGCCUGACGACCUGGCUAAAGGCUAGACUGUCUCUGCUUUCAUCUGUGCUGUCAGUCAUCAUUACCAUUCAUUAAGGAUGGAUGACCAUGUCGCCGUCAGCAGGCCGUGAAGAGCAUCGACGACGGACGAGGACGCUGAACACCUUUCGGGAUAAGCUCGGUAAUUGUCGGCGUCACUGAGGGACUGUUAAGAGACUUCGGCAGCCAUGGAGACUUUGUCCCAAGAUUCCACGCUGGAAUGCCAGAUCUGCUUCAAUUACUACAGCCCGCGGCGGCGUCCCAAGCUGCUGGACUGUCGGCACACGUGCUGCUCAGUCUGCCUGUCGCAGAUGCGCAGCAGCCACAAGGAGAUCCGCUGCCCGUGGUGCCGCGGCGUCACCAAGCUCCCGCCGGGCCUCUCCGUCUCCCACCUGCCCGACGACCCCGACGUGGUGACCGUCAUCGCUAUCCCCCACGCCUCCGAGCACACGCCGGUGUUCAUACGCCUGCCUAGCAACGGCUGCUACAUGCUGCCGCUGCCGGUCGCCAAGGAGAGGGCGCUUGGGCUGCCCGGAGAGCUGGGGUGUCGCUUCCUGCCGGGCGGUCAGCAGAAGGGCGUGGCCGUGGUGACCGUGCCCGAGGAGGAGCCUCUGGGCUUGGCUGUGGGUCUAGAGGGGUUGAGCCUAGAUGGCGACGAAGGGGAGAGGAGGGUUAUCGGGCCGGCGGCGGGCGGCGGGAAGGGGUCCACGUGGUCAGGCGUGUGCACGGUGAUCCUGGUGGCGUGCGUGCUGCUCUUCCUGCUGGGCAUCGUGCUGCACAACAUGUCCUGCAUCUCCAAGCGCUUCACUGUCAUAUCCUGCGGGUGAAGCAGGGGAGAGACGGGCAAGGGGGAGGACGACUCGCAUCACAAACAUCUAGAGACGCCAAAGAGGAAGCCGACCAGAUCCACAAAGUGAUCUCUUUUUGGAUGAAUCGCCAUUUUGUCAGUUAUUCCCUUUUUCGAUGAUUUGGUUUGUGAUGAGUAGAAGUACAUCAGUUGUUGUCGUUUAGCCAAGUGGCGGCUCCGUGUGAAGCGUGUCCAGAGUUGGGACUCAGUUCGGACUGAUUUGGAAUGACUUCCUGUGACUGGUCCACCAGAGCUGAUGCCGCCAUCCGGGUCCAUGUUGUCAAUAAAAGUUAGAACGCUAAA